AUGACAUCCAUUGAUCACAGGCUCGACAAGGGUCAACACUCCAAGGAAGGACGGCGACACCAUCAUAAUCAUGAUAGUAUAGAUGAUCCAAAUCAUCACUGGCACCACCAUCAUCAUCAUGUUCACCGCAGACCAAUGGAUGACAACGCCAUGAGACUGUACGAAGGGCCAGAGUGGUGGAGUCACUUGAUUGAUCCAUCGGUUCUAGGGACGUUAAUUACAAAGGCGAUUGAAGCGAGCGGUCAUGGAGAAAAGAGGGGUUCCGAGAUUCGUAAUGAAAGCCACCAUGCGUUGCGUAAGGGUGUCCGUGCGGGGGCGGAAGUAGCAUCCCGUAUCAAAAAUGAUAGAGGGCCUUGGGCUGGUGAGAAGUCAAUCAAGGUUGUUAGUGCGGCCAUAACAUCAGCAACCAUUGACUUAUUACUGGGCACUGAUUCCAAAAGCCACCCACUAAGGUAUGCAGUGGCUUCAAUGAUUGAGAAGGUUAUUAUAGAUAGAAUUAUAAAUGGUAAGCUAAAGUUUUGA